CUGAAAAGCCAACUUGGAUUAAGCACAAAUGUUUGAUUUGCGGGAUGAAGGCAAAUAGAUGUGCCUAUUCUUGGGAUCCGGCUUCUGAGCCAGGAGGUGCGCCUAAAAGUCAAUCGCAUGAUAUGUGGCUUAGAGGGAAAGUCCGUAAAGAGUUCAAGGACAUUUCGAAUAACGAGCGUUUUCGGUUCCGAGUAUCCCUGGACAACGACCGCCGUCGGGAAACGGCGUUUGCUGUACUGAUAUGGAAAACGCGGCGACGGCUACAUAUUCCCUGUCGCGAUGGACGGCUCGAUUCCGGGACGCCGAGAUGGAGGGGAGAUAUGAGCACCACGUAGCAAGCCAGCGGCGGCGGCGCAACCUGGUCAAUUACACCGUUGGGGGGGUUAUGCUAGCGGUGUUUUGGCAGCGAGCAUCGGCGGAAUUUAACCCGAACCUGCCGCUGAGGGAUAAAGCUUUUAUCGUCCAUGGCCCGUAUGUGAUAAACUACUUAACCGGCGCCUUAGCUUUCCUCGUCGCCAUCCUCCUGAAACCCCCAUGGGUCUCCCGUCUCAGCGCCGUCUCCCUCUUCCUCUUUAUAACGUUUAGCACCUACUUCAUCCACGUUCCCUUCAUCGCCUACCAAUCCAACCCGCGGCUGAAGCCGCUGGCUGGGCCCGGGGAAGCCGCCGUUACGUGGAUCAUUCUGCGGGCGGUGAAUUGCGAGUGGAUCCAUAAGGCGGUGGUGGUAGUGGUGUAUAUAUUGGGCGUACGGACGCUUCUGACGGCGGCAUGGCAUACAGACGACUUUGUGGGCGGCGGGUAUCAGGUGGCAGUGCAGCUGAUUUUUACGGUGAUUGUUACGUUGCUGAAUGACGAUCGCAGGCGCGCAAUACAGGAGAAAGAGGACUUUGCGCUCCUAUAUCAGAACAAGCAAAGGAAAAUUCUGGAGAAGCUGGGCACUGGCAACGCCGCGCAAGCGAAACGAGUCGCAGUCCUUCGAACGGAAAUGUUACGCAAGCAAAGCGGUGCUCACAUUGUGGAGGAUGGUGAAAAUUUGAAGGAAGGGGAGGGUGGGAAGAACCUGGCACCAGACGAAGAUUUCGAAGAUGGCGCUCAGGGGUCCCUCUUUGAGGGUUCUCGUUGGAGGUAUAUCUUUGUCGUGGACACUUUUCGGGCUGGGAGGAGCAAUCACGGGCGGAGCAACGAACAAGAAGACUCUCCAACGAGGUGGAAGUGGAUACAGGAGACCGUCCGAGCUGGGUUGUUGAGCACCAAACGGAUCAUAUUGCAUUUCUACGCGCAAAGAUUUCCAGCGGCCGAGUGGGAAGUCAAGUACAUCACGUUCAGCUCAGAUGUUUCCCAGCGACAACAGCAGUUUCUCUUCUUAUCCACCGCUGUCUCUAGCGUGAUCGCGGCCUGUGGGGAGUAUUAUCUAACGCGUACGGUCACGGUAUGGUUCCUCCAUCUCUGUGUGACGGUACCGGUCGGGUGCAUUUUAGCGGCCGGGGUCAAACAGUUGGCCGCGUUUGGGCCCAAGCAUCCGAAACGGGAGCAGAUCAGCUGUAUCUUGCUCGGUGGGAGCUUGGAGCUUGGAUUGGCGUGGAUGGUGGUCAACGCGUGGAGGCGGUGGAUCAAUCAUCGUGCAGAAGGUGGGGAUCUCGCUGCGCUUGGAGCUUCCGUCACCAGCGUGCUUUUGCUGCAUGUCAACUUCAUCCUGUCAAGAGGGACGCUUACGGGGCUGCGAGGGCCUUAUGCAAUGACUUUCUCCGCCGUGGAGUCUGCGAUUGCGUUUGGGGCGUUCUUCGGCACUAGAGAACGGUAUUUGGUCCAGAUCUAUAUGAGUUCCAUCCUCAUGACGACUGCACUGGUUUCUCAUGGAGAAUCAGAGCUCCGCCAGCACUUUAUCGUCAACCGGGCUCUCAAUCCAAACGGGCCUGCUGCGAACCCGCCUGGAGUUUCCUUCUCGUUUAAAGAUCUCGCAUGCGCGCGGGACGCAUCCACUCCUGCGGGCCCCGUCAGCAGGAGAAAUUUGCGACCUUUAGCGAGCAGUGCUAUACAACCGCCGCCGGCUAAAUGGACUGCGUCCGGGCGGCAGCUACCCGAUGCAUCUCCUGUAGUAAAUAUCGAAAGGCUGGAGGACGGUGCUGAGGCUUCGCCAGAAAAUGUGUGCAGGCCGGAUGUGUGGGCAAGGGAUGAUAUCAGGCCAAAGAAGGGGGAGGAGCUAGUUAGAUACUUGGUGCAGGAGAAGAAGGAGUUGUCAGGAAAUGCUCCACCCUACUUGUUACCCGCAAAGUAUCUACCAGACGUUGAUGUUGAUGGCCCACGAGAUCCGGAACCUCUCCUAUUCGCCAGUCUGUUGCAUAACCGGCCUACGGGUCACAUCCUCGAAGUAACGGAGCCGGACCCCACCGGUGCGACUGCUCGUUACUGGUUGCUCUGGCCUGGUAUCAUGAUCAUGGUUGCCGCUCCCUUCACCGAAUUGUUCUGGAACUGGCGCACUAUGGUUGCUGGCUUCAAAGGUCUUUACUUUCAGCUUCUUCGCCGAUCCUCAACUUCCUCACGCUCCAUCGACGAGGACGCUGAGGAAGACCCUGCAGGCCCCGACGAACAACCCCAGGCGUGGAUGUGGGUCGGUGGUCUUCUCGCUUCCAUCAUUAUGACGGUCAUUGUCGGAUCCACUAUGUUCGGUGUGGGCGUCGGUGAAGGAAUCCUCGCUGUUAUUCUCGCUUUCAUUUUCGCCUUCAUUGGAAUUCAAGCUUCCGGUACUACCGACAUCAACCCCACCGGUGUCAUUGCCAAGACCGCCCAAAUUGUGUACGGUGGUAUUACCCGUGCCAAGGGAAUGACGGAAUCGCCUUUGGUCGAGAGUGCUCUGAUGCAGAACUUGAUGGCUGGAGCUCUCGCUUCCGCCGCCGCCAGUCAGGCCGUCGAGAUGGUCGGCGAUCUCAAGACCGGUCACUUGUUGCGCGCGUCUCCUAAGACGCAGUUCAUCUCAGGGUCGGGUGAUGGCUCUUGGGCUUGUGCCUCCUUGCGGGGCAUAGUAGUUGGGUAUGGUUGCGCCGAAGAUUUCCCCACCUUUGUGCAGGAAUGUGCCACCGACCAAUGUGUCGAUACAAGCCUCCUCGUGUUCUCCUGGUGUGUCGAUGUCGUCGUUGUCAUAUCCCCCCUCCCCCGCGAUAUCAAUGUCUUCCUCCAUCGGCCCCGCCCCACCCCCGCUCCCUCUUCCCAAACCCACAUUACGUCGAAACCCCGGACCGCCAUGCGCACCCACAUCCCUGGCCCCAUCACCACCUUGUCCGAACUCAGCCUCGCCGCCGCCGGCACCGCUUGA